ACAUUACAUUGUCAGGAACAUAGUUUGUUCAUAUAGACUCGAGCUGCUCUCUGGUAGAUUUAACAGCAAGACCCUAUUGACAUUGCCUGUGUUUUUGAGCAGAAGGCCUGUCUACCAGCCAGAGGACACAAUUCCAGGAGGACACUAAGAUUUCAGCAAUUGGGAAACUCACAAAAGUUAGAAAAUAUGCCUCCAAGUUUGACAGCUGCACUGCAAGAGUGGGAAAGUCUAGAGAAAGAGUAUCAUCAGAUUCAGGAGAGCCACCGGCUAUACUUGCAGAAACUAGAGGAAGUUUCCAAGCUGCAGAGUAAUUGCUCUUUGUCUAUCGCCCGCCAGAGGAGUAGACUUAAGGACAUGUCUCAGUUAAUGAAGAAAUGCAAUAAGGAGAGACUGACAGAGGAGGAUGUAAAAACCUUGGAUGAAAUCAAGGAGCACAUCAAAGCAAAACACAACACUUUCUUUGAAAUGGAGGCUUUCCUUCCAAAGAAAAAUGGGUUGUAUCUCAAUCUUGUUCUGGGCAAUGUAAGCGUGACUCUUCUGAGCAAACAAUCAAAAUUUGCCUACAAAGAUGAAUAUGAGAAAUUCAAGCUGUACCUCACAGUUAUACUGCUCCUAUUCACCUUCAUGUGUUAUUGCUUUGUGAGCUACAGAUUUGUUGACGCAAUCCUCAAUUUCUUGCUGGUGUGGUACUACUGCACCCUCACUGUACGGGAGAGCAUCCUCAUCAGCAACGGGUCCAGGAUCAAAGGCUGGUGGGUUUUCCACCAUUACGUCUCAGCCUUUCUGUCUGGAGUCAUGCUGACAUGGCCUGAUGGAUACCUGUACCAGAAUUUCAGGAACCAAUUCCUCGCCUACUCUUUGUAUCAAAGCAUCGUUCACUGUAUGCAGUACUACUAUCAGAGCGGCUGUCUGUACAGACUAAGAACCCUGGGAGAAAGACACAACAUGGACCUGACUGUGGAAGGAUUUCAGUCCUGGAUGUGGCAAGGGCUGACAUUUCUUCUGCCCUUCCUGUUUUUUGGUCAUUUUUGGCAACUCUACAACGGACUCUCUCUGUUCAGGAUGGCUCGGCUCCCAGACUGUCAAGAGUGGCAGGUCUCAAUGUGUGGAAUCUCUUUCCUCAUUCUGUUCAUGGGCAACUUCCUCACUACUGUUGCAGUAGUCCGCACCAAGCUCAAGAGCAAGGACCAGGCAAAACCCAAGGCCCUGUGUGUGACAAUGGCGGACGUGGAAGCAGAGAGCAGCACCCAGCCGGAGGCCAUGGAGGAGGAGAAUCCUCUCUUUAGUAACCUGGACCUCUUCCUCUUCACCCUCAUCGCCGGCCUCAUCAUCUACUGGUUCAUGUCCCGCAAGAAGGCCGAGCCCAUCCCUGAGUUCAAGAAGCUCGACCAACCAGCACCUUCUACUCAAGAGACUAGUUUUAUUGAAAAGAUGAAGAAAACAGGUAGGAACAUCGUGGUAUUCUACGGCUCUCAGACAGGCACGGGCGAGGAGUUUGCCAACCGGCUGUCCAAAGACGCCCAGCGCUACGGCAUGAAGGGUAUGGCCGCCGACCCCGAGGAAUACGACAUGUCUGAGCUGUCCCGUCUGGCUGAGAUUUGCAACUCCCUGGCCAUCUUCUGCAUGGCCACUUAUGGUGAGGGAGACCCCACAGACAACGCCCAGGACUUCUAUGACUGGCUGCAGGAGACCGACGGGCAAUUGGAUGGAGUCAACUAUACUGUGUUUGCAUUGGGCAACAAGACAUAUGAACACUACAAUGCCAUGGGGGCGUACGUAGACAAGAGGCUGGAGGAACUGGGAGCCAAGAGGGUCUUCGACCUGGGCAUGGGAGACGACGACGGCAACCUGGAGGAGGACUUUGUGACAUGGAGGGAGCAGUUCUGGCCAGCCAUGUGUGAGCACUUUGGAGUGGAGGCUUCAGGAGAGGACUCCAGCGUUCGUCAGUAUGAGCUCAAGGAGCAUAAUGACAUCAACAUGAACAAGGUGUACACAGGAGAGUUGGGCCGUCUGAAGAGCUUUGAGACCCAGAAACCUCCUUUUGAUGCAAAAAACCCCUUCCUGGCUCCAGUCACUGUUAACCGCAAGCUCAACAAAGCAGGUGACAGGCAUCUCAUGCACCUUGAAGUGGACAUUACAGGCUCCAAGAUUAGAUAUGAGUCGGGAGACCACGUUGCCGUCUACCCUACCAAUGACACAGUGAUCGUGAACAGGCUGGGACAGAUCCUUGGUGUGGACCUUGAUUCCGUUAUCUCUCUCAACAACCUUGAUGAGGAGUCCAAUAAGAAGCACCCAUUCCCUUGCCCCACCACCUACCGUACUGCUCUGACCCACUACCUGGACAUCAUCCAUCCGCCUCGCACCAACGUCCUGUAUGAGCUGGCCCAGUACGCCACUGACCCCAAGGACCAGGAGAACAUGCGCAAGAUGGCCUCGUCUGCUCCCGAGGGCAAGGCUCUGUACCAGAGUUUUGUGCUGGAAGACAACAGGAACAUCCUGGCCAUCCUGGAGGAUCUGCCUUCCUUGCGGCCUCCCAUCGACCACCUGUGUGAGCUCAUGCCCCGUUUGCAGGCUCGCUACUACUCCAUUGCCUCCUCCUCCAAGGUCCACCCCAAUAGCAUCCACAUCUGUGCUGUGCUGGUGGAAUACACAACUAAAACCGGGCGCCUCACAAAGGGAGUGGCCACCACCUGGCUGAAGAACAAACUGGUUUCGGACAACGGCCACAAGUCCACGGUCCCCAUGUACAUCCGCAAGUCCCAGUUCCGCCUGCCCUUCAAGGCCAGCAACACAGUCAUCAUGGUCGGUCCUGGGACCGGCAUCGCUCCCUUCAUGGGCUUCAUCCAGGAGCGUGGGUGGCUCAAAGAGCAAGGCAAGGAGGUGGGGGAGACGGUCUUGUACUGUGGCUGCAGGCACAAGGAGGAGGACUAUCUGUACCAGGAGGAGUUGGAGGAGGCUGAGAAGACAGGUGUCAUCACGAAGCUCAAUGUGGCUUUUUCUCGGGACCAGGAGCAAAAGGUGUACGUGCAGCAUCUCCUGAGGACCAACAAGGAGGACUUGUGGAGGCAGAUCCACACAGACAAUGCACACAUAUACAUCUGCGGGGAUGCGCGGAACAUGGCCAGGGAUGUGCAGACAGCUUUCUAUGAGAUAGCAGAGGAGCUGGGCGGCAUGACACGCACUCAGGCCACCGACUACAUCAAGAAACUGAUGACCAAGGGACGGUACUCGCAGGACGUCUGGAGCUAAAACACCUAGGAUCCAACCACAUCCUAUGUUUGUUUGUUUUUAGACUUGCAUUGUUAUUUGUGUCAGUUUGUAUCAGCAACGGUUAUAAUGGGUCACCAACCCUGGUACUGGAGAGCUACCGGUUGUGCCGGCCUUUGUUCCCGCCAAGCACUAAAACAUCGGAUUCUAUUAAUUGCCUUAUCAUGACCUUGAUUAGUUGAGAUGGGUGUGUUUGUGUCAGGCUAGAAUAAAAGCCUACACAUUGGGACUAGGAUUUGUGACCACUGGGGAAGGAUAUCGCUGGUUGUUUUUAUUCCAUGGAGCAACACAAGCACUCAACAAUGCACCACAAUAACAGUCGGUCAUCCUCAUUCAGAUGAUUUAUUGAUAUUCUAUGUCAGUCUGCCAUCAGUUUGGUAGCGUCAAAUGUAGUAUCACAUUUGUUGAUGUUUAUCUUUUGCAGGAGAAAGAACGUUUGAUAAUGAUAUACUGUUGCUGUACAUAAUUGUACAAAGUGAGGAGGUGGGUUUAAAUACAAAACUCAUACAGUGCAAGUCUCUUCUUUAGGAAGUUGACCUAAUCUGGGUACUCAAGUGUAUUCCGAAUACAUGAUAAAUAUUUUAGAUUUGAGAAAUAAAAAGUGAGAUCUUUUUGUCUAUGAAAUCAGUAACUGAAAAGCUUAGUGUUUGAUUAUAGUACCUUUUGCAUUUGGAUAAGCGAUAUAGCCUUUUAUGCAAUGAUGUUACUGUACAUUUCUAAUCAAUCACAGUAACCCUUAGCAAGGCAUGAUAAAAGUAUCAUUUUGCAAUUCAGUAGUCAAGCCCUCUAUUGAGGAGAAAUUAUUAGCUUUUAUUUUCCACAAGACUGCCUUUUUAAAUAUAUCAAAGAAAAUUAUUUUUAGGUUCCCUGUAGUAUUUGUAUACAUGAUGCAAGUAAGCAUCAAAGGGGAAUGGGUAAAUAAUAUGCAUAUUUCGACUUAAAUUCUCUGCAUUAUCCAGUUUACAAUGAAACAAAAACUGAACACGUACACCACUUAGUAGCAAGCAUUCAAAUGUACAUGUUUCUUUAUCAUGCAAACCUCGCACUGUACCUUGAGAAUGUAGAGUUCUACAGCUUGUUGGCUUUGAGUGUCAACUUUAUUUUAUUUUCUAUGUACUAUUGCACACUAAUCAGUGUAAGUACAGGAUGAUAUCACACUUAUCUAUGAAAUUUGACAUAUCCUUUCUUCACUUCACUGAAAACUAAGGGCAAGGUUGUCAACUUGUGGAAAUAGUAAACCCGUUUUGGCCCGUAAGCCAAGCAAAGCAUAUCAAUUUGUAAAUUCAGUGUGUGCCUUAUUGAAAGUGGUGCCUGACUUAAAUGUAGAAGUUUUUUUUGGAUGCAUUACUGUAAAGGCAAUUUUUCAAAAAUAUUGUAGAAAAACCAUAUUAUGAAGACAUUCAUGUUACUUUUUUGUCCACAUUCCAUUUUAUAAUACAAUAAGUGUCAACUGAAUGAAUGGAUCUAAGAAUAUCCUUUUAAAAUUAAUAAAAAAACAUUAAAUAUG